UUUUUUUUUAAAGAAUUGCAAAGCAAUUUGAAAUAAUUUUUGACGCCAAAAUUUGCAAGAAAAAUUACAAGUACAUAUAUUUCCAUCGAUUUGGCACAUUUUUCGAUGCAUAUACAAAAGUAUUCAAAAUACGCGUCCCCAUUUGCAAAAUCAUUGCCGCAUAAUUAAUGGAGCGGUUCAAUUAGUCGUCUCCCUCUGACACACAGCCGCUUAAGGAAUGAUGCGUCGGAAAUUUCUAUGAUGCAGACCAGUCUAAACAGAGUAUAAGGUUGGGCGAACGUAACAUUCGACCUGAACGGAAAAAACCGAGGUUUUGUUGGUGCGGUGGAAAAUGGCUAUUAGUGUUAGUAUAUAUUUAUUUUUGGUAAUAAUUUUAUUUCGUUAUCGGUGCGGUCACACUGGUCAAAAUCGGGUCAAGUGUACGUGGAUUUUUGGUGACUUAAGGAAGUGCGAUUGCAAACAAAUUGGAGAACAUUAUCAAAAGUUGUGUAAAUAAUACAACCAAAAAAUUAGCGUAUAAUACAAUUUAACUGUGAACAAAUGCUCCGAUAGGUUUUUGUAAAUAACGGAGCACCCAAAUUGAUUGUGUGCGACUCAGUGCUGUUAUCAAAAUAAGAACUGCAAAAAUAUAAAAAGACGCUCGAUAAUUAUUAAUUAUUGACGAUGGCUCCUACACGCAGGCCUAGUGAUGGACUAUUGGCCCGUGUCAACUUUCCGUUGUAUGCGGUCGAUAUGCUUACCAGUCGGCAUAUCUUGGUUGCUGGCGGCGGUGGUUCCAGCAAAACUGGCGUAGCAAAUGGCUUUGAAAUUUACGAACUUUAUCACAACGGCAGUCACUUUUGUGCGGAGGAGGUUUUGCGUCACGAAACAGGUGCCAACGUAGUCAUGAAUUUUGCAGUGCGAAAUAGUGGACGACGAGCGUACUUGUGUGCUGGUCAAGAGGCGCAUUGUCAAAUGUACUUCGUCCAGCCACAGCUCGAUAUAACGAGCGACGCAAGUAUGGACAAAAAACUAACUCAAAGCGAUCAUCCCCAUGAGAAUGGGGUUCGUCAUCGAGGUGUUCAACCACACUCUGGAGUCGAAACGCUGUCUAAUGGAAACAACUGUCAUCCGCCAACAGCAGCAGACGUACUAAAGCAAUUUCAGCGUCUACAAUUCGACAUUCAAGCUGCGGAUGUAAUUCAAACUGAUUUUCUGAGUAACGGUGAACCACUGCAACGAGUAGUUCGGAUAAGUAGUAAUGGUCGCCUGAUGGCCACUGGUGGCACCGACGGGCAACUGCGUGUUUGGACAUUUCCACAAAUGCAACUGAGCACAUCAUGGCCUGCUCAUAAUAAGGAAAUUGACGAUCUAGAUUUUAGUCCAGAUUGUAAAUAUAUCGUCAGUAUUUCUAAGGAUGCCCAGGGUAUAGUCUGGGAUCUGAGCACAGGAAAACAACAGCACAAACUGAAAUGGCAAACACAGGAAGGAAAUAAGUAUUUAUUUAAACGUUGCCGUUAUGGCACCGUGGAGGGUCAUAAAGACAACUACAGACUUUUCACAGUUACCAAUCCUCUGGGGAAAGUAGGCAAGCAACGGGGCUUUGUGCAGCAAUGGGAUUGUAAGAAUGGUGAAUUGCGGGUGGCUGCAUCUGUUGACGAGAGCUUGUCUUCGUUGGCAGUCAGAGAUGAUGGACGAUUCGUAGCUGUCGGCACAAUGUUCUCCGGCAGCGUAUCCAUAUAUAUAGCAUUUAGCUUACAGCGAGUGCUUCACAUUCCACAUGCUCACUCCAUGUUUGUCACCGGGCUGCAAUUUCUUCCUAUUACAAAUGAAGAGGGACCGCCUAUUUCCAGUGACACCGAAGCAGCCGUACUCUCAAUAUCAGUGGACAAUAAAGUUUGCAUUCAUAGUCUACCCCAGCGGAAAACAAUCCCAGCAUGGCUUGCAGUUGUCUUCAUGGUAAUUAUGAUAUUUAUCGUGCUUGUACUUUGUUCCUACAUAGGCAUCUGAAGACUGGACCUUCGAAGUUUAUUUACAUUUUUAGUGUAUGAACAGUACUAGCAAUACCAAUUUAUUAUUUUAAGUAAAUAGUUGUUUAUCUACCAGCUGCCUUAUCUUAUAUGGCCACUGUAUACAUCAAUAUUGUACCAUAUUUUGCAUCUGUUUCUCCAGGCCUCAGUUACAUUGUUUGUUGUAAAUGAAAUUAACAUUACCGUGCAAUUAUAUUGAAAUAUAAAGUCGAUAAUUAAAUGUAUAUUCAUCUAAUUACAUGGAUUUAAUAAUUAUAAUUACAAAGAUUGGCAUUAACUGAGGAAAUUUAGCAAUAAACAUUACAAUAAAUUAUAUAAAUACAUAGUUUAAAAAUAAGAUAAGUCAAUAUUAGAAAUAUUUCGUUAACUAUUGAUAAGCGUCAUAUUUCUUUAAAU